AUGCUGACUCCACCUCACUUGCUUGUCACCUGGCUGAUCAGAGAGAUCAGCUGUGAAGCAGGGCAGCUCAACUGGGCCUGCAGUUUAGAAGUGAUGUCUGCCACAGCUUCCUCCUCCAGCAGCAGAAUGUCUUCCCUUUUUAUGUUUGCCAGCCUACUUCUACUUCUUCAUGGUGCAGCAUCAGUUGAAGAAUUGCGGGCCGCCCCAUUCACCGACGUGACCCUCUCUUGCCAUUUCUCCUUUGUGGAGGGCACAGAAAAUCUGGAGUUUACUUGGGAAAGAGAAGACAUCAGAGAGGAAUACUUGGUAGACAAUGAUGAUGAUUAUUACCGCUUUUUCAGGUACUAUGACUUCUUCGAAGUUUUCACAAAGUUGGUUUAUUACUUUCGUGACAACACAGAGCAGCUAGAAGAUCAAAACUCCCUGUAUGAGGGACGAGUGUCAGUGGACAGAGAUGAAAUUUCCGAGGGUACUCUGUCUCUUCUGCUAAGAAAUGUGGAUUUCCUGGAUGAAGCAAUCUACAAAUGCUCAGCCAUCACACCAGAUGGAAGAGGAGAGAGUACAAUUAAGCUAAUAGUAGAAGACUUUGAGAUGCCCAAAGUGCAGUUUGACCAGAUGGAUGAUGAGGAUGUGGCUACAUGCAUCUCCAAGGGCUGGUACUUCACACCCAAUGUGACCUGGAUGGAUCGGAAAGAGAGGGAUCUGAGCAACCAUAGUACUGUGGAGGUCCUGGAGGAGAAGAUGAAUGGCUUGUUCAGGGUGUUCUCGGUCCUCAAAUACCCUGUCAAGUUAAAUGAGAUAUAUGUGUGCCGCAUAGCAGAGGCAGAUGAGAAUCACCGACCUUUCAGAGUUGUCCGUAAGUUCCCAAAGAGAAAAUAUCCUGGAUCCUACGACUACUAUUAA